AUGGCCAUGCCGUGGGUGGAUCUGAUUCUUGCAAUGAAGGCUCUCGUGUCCAAGCCAGGCCGCAAGAACAACAUGCCGCUGUCCCUGGGGGAAGUCAACGACCGGAUUCGCAAAGUCGAGCUCGAGCUCGAUGCGCUCCUGCGGCUGCGAAUGGAGCUGAUUCGCCAGAGCGAUUCCGCCUCGCCGCUUACUCCUCCUCCUGCUCCUGCCGCUGCCGCUGCCGCCGCCUCGGCAGUGCCCGUCGUCGCUAUCCAAGAGGAAUGCCCCGACUCGCCGCAGCACACGCCGUCGUACUCGUCCUCGCAUCCAUCGUCGCAUUCGCAGACGCCAGGGUCCGGCAGCCUGGAACGGCGCGAUGGAUAUGGCCCUUGUCCAGGAACACCCAAAGGCGAAUCCCACGCUCAAGCCACCCAUGCCCCCGUUUCGAUACUGAUCCAGCGACUCGCCAAGCAGCAUGCGCUCGAGCACAGCGGACGACUGGGAUCUCAUUCGCUGACGGCAGAUAGCACCGACCUCGAUUGCCAGACGGCCCAUGUUAGCGAGAUUCACCUCUCGAGCAAAUCGCUGGCGACGGUGGAGAGUACUCCUCGCGAAAUCCAGUUUUCAGAGCCGCCGCUCACCUCCAGCACAUCCAACGAGCCUCCUCCGAUCGCCGAAAUCUCGUGCCUCAAUACCAGCUAUAGCACCAUAGAGCGGCAGUGGACCGCCAUCCCGGCCCCAUCCCCCGUGCGGUUCGGGGAUCAGCUGCCGACGUUUUCGCCCGGGUCGCGGGUGGUGGCCCUUCUGCGGUCUGCCACGAUCGUCGCCCAUAUCUUCAAUUUUUUCGUCAUUACGCUCUCGCUGGCUUGGCCCUGCAGCUUCAUCAGCCUGCCGAUCGCCAUUCUGAACGCCGCUGCCGACUUGAUCAAUAUGGCCUACUGGCUCGCCUACAGCUUGCAAGAGUACCACGACGAGUACGGCAUUCUCAACACACAUCCGCCGCAGAUCCUACGGUAUCGGUUUGCCCAUGAGCAUAUUGGCUAUCAGCUGCUUGGAUCUAUUCCGGUCGACAUGGUCGUUUUGUGCGCUGCAUUUUCCAUGGGGACAACUUGUGAUGUCCUGAGCUCCGACUUCAACCUGUACAAGCUCUACGCCAUUCUUCGAUUGCUCCGGAUCUUUCCGAUGAAGGUUAUGGUGGUGUACUUUGUCGAGUGCGAUAUACCCGGUAUUCGGUCCCAUUUCACACGACUGCUGAAGAACAUGGUCCUUGUCAUCCUGACGGCCCACGUCUCUGGGUGUUUGUUCUGGCUGCUGGCUUGGGUCUACACCGAGAGCCUCGUCGUCGACAGCGCGGGGCGGCCCGUGCCCUUGGAGAAGCAGUAUCUUCUCAGCUUCUACUGGGCUCAGCGGGCGCUCUUUUUCUAUCCCCGAGACGUCACCGAAGAUGCUGAGUAUGUCUAUACGAUCAUCGAGACUCUGGUGGCAGCCAUGCUCUAUGGAGGUGUGUUUGGGAACAUCUUUUCGAUCAUCAAGUUCCUGGACACAUCGACGAUUGAGUACGACGAAUUGGCCGAAAACAAGUACAAGAUGAAGCAGCUGAGCGCAUACAUGGCCGAGAAGCAGUUCCCACCCAAGAUGCAAGAGGACCUGCUGCAGCACUUUGACAACGAGUUUUGCAAGAACAAGGGCAUCGACGAAAAGACGGUCUUCGAUGGCUUGCCCAACACCCUGCAGCAGGACAUUGCCAACUUUCUCUAUCUCGACCUCAUCAAGAACGUGCCGCUCUUCCAGAACACCGACCCGUCCUUCACCACCAUGCUUGCCAAGUGCAUCCGACCCAUCUCGAUCAUGGGCGGGCAGUUCAUCUUUCGCAAGGGCGACGAGGCCACCGAAAUGUACUUUAUUCGAAGCGGCGACGUCGAGAUCUGCUCCGAGGACGGCGGCAUUGUAUUUUGCAAGCUCGGCAGCGGCCAGUACUUUGGAGAGUCGGCCUUGGUCGAGAGCCGCACCCGCACGGCCUCGGUGCGGGCCGUCGCGGAUCCCAAUGCAUUCCGGGCCGUUGUCGAGCUGUGCUUUCUCACCCGGGAUGCGUUCCAGCACGCCCUCAACAUGUACCCCGAUGACCGGGCCAAGAUCGCCGCCUCGGUGGAGCAGAAGCACGAGGCGGACAAGCGACGGAGGCUCGACGAAAUCGUUCGGUUCAGCACCGUUGCAGACCCAUCAAACAAGUCCGAGGACGUCGCGGGCUCGAUGUCAUGGUCGGUCAGCAGCGAGAUUGACGAGGCAUACAGCGGGCGCGAAAGCUCCAUGUUCCACCCGACGGAUAUGAACUUUAGUGGCGUCUUCCGUCCGCGGCGAAACAGCAGCGAGGAUCCUUCGGUUCCCGGCCGUCGUUUGAGUACCCGCAGCUCUGCGACCACGGAAAAGUGGCAGAUGGCUCGAAUACUGUCGCCAACACCGUCGAUGACCCGGAAAUGAAUGUGCGGACCUCCAGGACAACAAACCCGGUCGUGCAUCAGACACGACGAUGUUCGGUGGUGGGCAUCUACGCUCUGCAUUCCGUGCUACGGCCAGAUCGGUGGAGAUGAGCCACGGCCAUGGCGGAAUCCCCCUCUCCGCCCAUUUGUUCAUAACAGAAUUCUCGAUAUCUG